AUGGUUUUGGAUAGAAAUCAAUUCUUCGAACGAGCUGGUCUCGUUUAUGAAAAUUGGGAAGACGGAAAAUAUGGUCUGAACAACAUCAAAUCAUUGCUGAUUGUGAAUGGAGGCAGUAUUAAUCCUUAUUCGAAAACUGCAGCAUUCCAAUAUUGGCUCUUCGGACAAGAGCUGAUCGGCUCAAUCGUUCUAUUUCUGAAAGAUCAAAUCUUUAUUUUGGUCAAAGAUCGAAAGGUUUCAUUUUUCAAAUCUAUCGUCAGCAAUGAAUUCAAUGGCAAAGUACCUCCAGUCAAUAUAAUUUCAAGAAACAAAUCUGAUAAUGAUGCUGGAAAUUUUCAAAAAUUAGUUGAUUUGAUAAGAGCUGCUGGUGGAAAAAUUGGAACUGUAAUGAAAGAAAAGACUCAAUCUGAUUUUUGGAACUCUUGGAACAGAGUCAUCGAACAGGAUGGAAUGGAGAAGACUGACAUUUCAAUGGGUCUCACUAACUUGCUCUCCGUUAAAGAUGAGAAAGAAAUUGAAUUGAUUCGAAAGUCAUCUGAAGUUACUUGUAAAGUCUGGUCAUUGGCAAAGCAAAGAUUUGUGAAGAUUAUUGACGAAACAAAUCGCGUCCGUCACUCAGAAUUAUCGAAAGAAAUCUCAAAGUACAUCAAACAUUCAGAAAGCGAGAAAAGUAUUUCAAAAUAUGAAAUUGAUUCAUGCUACGAUCCAAUCGUUAUGUCUGGUGGAAACAACUCAUUCAAAUGGAGCCACGAGAGUUCGAAAGACCAUCUUCUUACCCAAACCGGUACAAUUAUCACUUCUUUUGGAGCUCGUUUCUCCAAUUAUUGCACCAACUUGACUCGUACAAUGCUCAUUUUUCCAACCUCUGAGUUGACAAAUGCUUAUGAAUCCAUUCUAUCAACUCAUGAAGCAGUGAUUUCUGCAUUGAAACCAGGCGUCAAACUCAAUGAAGUUUAUGAAAUAGGAUUUGAUACUUUGAAGAAGAAGAAUCCAGAAUUAGCUGAGCAUCUGUACAAAAAAGAAUUGGGAUUUUCAACUGGAAUUGAAUUCAGAGAAAGCCAGCUAACAAUCAGUGCCAAGUGUAAUGAAGUGGUGAAAGCUGGAAUGGCUUUUGUAGUUUAUAUUGGAGUGGAUAACAUUCUAAAUACGAAAAAUGGAAACGAAGAAGCACCAGCGGCAAUCGCAAUUUCUGAUACGAUUUUGGUGAAGAACGACGGGAAGAAUGAGAUUUUGACUGGAAAUGCAAAGUCUCGUCUGAAAUCCAAUGUCAUCAGUAUGAUUGAAACAAAGGAAACUGUCCAAGUUCAGAAGAAACAACUUGGAAGAGGACAAAGAAAUGUGAUGAUAAAUGAUAAGACAAGAAAUAAGAUAACAAAUGAGGAGAUGAGAAGAGAAAAACAAAAAGAGUUGUACGAGAAACUGACGGAAGAUGCCAAAGCUCGGAUGAUUGGAAAGGAGAGUGGAAAAGAGAAAGAAGAGAACGUGAACAAUGAGAAUAACUCACUUGUUGCCUACAAGUCUGAAAACAGAUUCCCACAAGAUUCUGAUAUUCAGAAGAUGUUGAUUCACGUCGAUCGAAAGAACAACUCAGUCAUCCUUCCAAUAUCUGGAAUUCCAGUUCCAUAUCAUAUUUCAAUGAUAAAGAGCUCUAUGAUAUCAACUGAAGAAAACUUCACAUAUCUCCGUAUUAAUUUUGUCACAUCGGGUGGAACAAUCGGAAAGAAAAACGAAAAAGAACAGCUUAUCUCUGCUGAUUUUAUCAAGGAACUCACGUUUCGGGAGGACAAGAAUCAUCAUAAUUUGGUCAACGCUGAUCGUCAAAUCAAAGAAAUUCAGAAGAGAUUGAAACAAGAGAAAGAAGAAAAACAAGAGACAGAGGGACUUGUGAAGCAAGAGAAAUUGAUUUUGAGUGUGAAUAGAGUGAAUCCAAAACUCAAAGAAUUACAUGUUCGUCCGACGAUUAUUCCGAAGAAGCUCACAGGGUCGUUGGAAGCUCAUACCAAUGGUUUUAGAUACACCUCCAUUCGAAAUGACCGUAUUGAUAUUCUCUACAAUAACAUCAAACACGCAUUCUUCCAACCUUGUGACAAUGAAAUGAUCAUUCUUCUCCAUUUCCAACUCAAAAAUGCCGUUUUGUGGGGGAAGAAGGCGUACACGGAUGUUCAAUUCUAUUCUGAAAUCGCAGAAGUUUCUAUGGAUCUUGGAAGUUAUAAAAUGAUGCAAGAACGUGAUGAAAUGAGAAGAGAGCAGAUGGAUCGAGAUAUGAGGAGACGCCUGAACUCAGCAUACAGCAGUUUCUGUGAAAAGAUUUCUCGAUUGACAAACGGAAAUAUUGAAUUCGAUUCUCCGUUUUCCGAAUUAGGAUUUCUUGGAGUCCCGCAUCUCUCUACUGUUACUUUGAAACCAACAACUUCAUGUUUGGUGAAUCUAACUGAAUGGCCUCACUUCAUCGUCACUCUAUCAGAAGUCGAACUUGUUCACUUCGAACGUGUUGGUCUGCAACUCAAAAACUUUGACAUGGUAUUCAUAUUCAAAGAUUACUCGAUCAAACCCAAAAAGGUCACUGAUAUUCCGAUAAGUAGCCUCGAGAAGAUAAAAGAAUGGCUUCACACGUGUGAUAUAUGGUACAGUGAAGGAAAGGAGCCAUUGAAAUGGGCAUACAUUAUGAAAACUGCUCUAGAAGAUCCUGUUGGAUUCUUUGAAAUUGGAGGAUGGAGUACAAUUGGAACAGAUUCAAGUGGAUGUGACAUUAUGGAUUCAGAUGAUUCAGAUGCUUAUGAGACAGAGGAUGAGGGCAGGAAUCCCGAUGAAUCGUCUAGUGAUAGUGAGAGUGAAGGUGAUGAUGAAGAAGAGGAAGUAGAAGAAGAAGAAGAAGGAGAAGAAGAAGGAGAGACAGACGGUGAAGAAUCUAUGGAUUCAGAUGAAGACUCGGAUAUGGAAGAAGAUGAUGAAGAGAUGGUUGACCGUAAAAGACCAAGUUCGAGCGAUACCGGACCCUCGUCAAAACGUAGAAAGUGA